UCCCGAGUUAAUCUGUCAGCUACCGCCCGCCGAGUUUGGUCGCCUGGUAGAUCAACUCCAUAUUAUCCGAUAUUAUCCCAGUCACUAAAUAAUCCAAAUGGAUUAUAAAAUAAUAAUAUUUGUAUUUUCCGUAUGUCUAACAUAUGUUUUGGGUUACAAUUAUAAUUUAAAUUAUGAUCCUUACUUUCCAAAUAAUAAUUUUUGCAAUGAUUUGUCUCCUUAUUACGGAAAUAUAAGUUUGGAUUUUAUUUCCGGAGUUUGGUAUGGAGUUGAAAAAAUACCUCACAAUAAAGGCGAAUACAAAAUAGACUACACUAAAGAGUGUUUCUACAUUGAUAUAAGGGAGGAAAAUGUUCAGCCUACUCCUCCUACGUACCCGCCGCUGGCGUAUUCGUACUUGAGCACAAGUUACGGGUUCAACCAGCCCGAACACUACCGGAUGAGGUACUUCGUCGUCGAGUGGCACGAGGGCCUGUUCCAAAGCGAGUACCAUGUCAAAGUUAACACAUCACAUAUGGGCUUCUGGAUAUCGGAUGUUCCCAGCACAGCCGUAGAAAAGAUGUACCGUUAUUUCGGCGGAGUAAUUCAGGUACUAAAGGUUGCCAAUAACCAUUUGGUCCUGAAUUUCUGUAACACGAUGCCCUACCCAGAGUUCUACAGCGUCGUGUUCUCGAGGAAUGAGAACCAGCUCACGCCCGAGGACCUCUCGAGCAUCCACAGCAUCUUCACGACCAAACAUCUCUCCACCUCGGCGUUGAAGCGAGUUUGCGACAAUUCAGGGACUAUGCUUCAAUUCUCAGUCUUCAUGUUACUACUGGCCGGUUUGUUAAUAUGGAGGUCUGAUGCAUAGAUAACAGUAAUGG